ACUGGUGGUCAUACGCUCUUGCGUUAUCUCCUUGCAUAACACUCAUGAACCACCAUAACAGAAAAGUUCCCACCAGUUCAUUGCCAUGGCGACCGCCACCGCUUUUGCCACUACCACUACAUACCUCGGCCGCCAUCAUCCGGCUGUCGUAACAACUUUUUCGAGCAAUUGCAUCAGUUUUGGUACCAAACCAGUGGUUAAGUUUAGUGUCCGGAGUUCGGCCGAUGAUGCAUCAUCAUCUCUGGCAGCUGCCCCAGAAGUAGAGUCGACGGAAGAGAGCUCGAUUGAAGUACCAAAGGGACCUCCUUCGUUGAUCUCUGCUCUUAAUGUUGAAAAAGCUCUUAGAGGAAUUGCCAUUACAGAUGUAGAUCACUAUGGCAUUCUAGGUCUGAAAAAGGGAUGUUCAGAUGACAAGGUUAAACCAGCAUAUGAUGUAAAGCUUGAAGAGCUAAUGAACCAAGGACUGGAACAAGAGGAGAUAACCAAGAAGCUUGAUCAAUUAAAAGAGUCAUACUCAAUCUUGUCAUCCGUGGAAGAAAGAAGACUCUAUGACUGGAGCCUAGCUAGGAAUGAAAACGUGGAUCGAUAUGCUUGGCCUUUCGAGGUUGAUACUAAUGAAACCAAAACCGUAUUUUCACCUAACGAUCCUCCACAACAGGAGCCUGAAAAUGUUGAGCCAACAAGACUUGUGGGAUACUUUCUACUCACCUGGAUCAUUUUAUCCGUCACAUUGUCCGUUGCUUUUAAUCGCUAGAUUGGUCAAAGUUUGGGGAAAUGUAACAAAAUAUUUAUUAAGAUAUGUUUUGUUAACAAGUCUUUUCAUAUAACAUGUCUAAUGAUGUACUAGUAGUAGUCUCGAUGAUACUUGAUGUAUUUUGUGUGCUUGAAUUUAUGCUUGAUUGUUCUUGAGAA